AUGACGAAGGGUACCUCCUCGUUUGGUAAGAGACACAACAAGACGCACACCUUGUGCCGUCGUUGCGGUAAGUGGCAUCUACAUGGGAGAGAGUCGAGUUCUGGUUUACUAGGACGCGACCACUUGCCAAAAUUCGAGAUUCGAUGCGGGUUCAAGAGACUGAUCAAUUUUCAUGUGUUUUCAGGUCGCCGAUCGCUUCACAUCCAGAAGCACACCUGCUCUUCCUGCGGUUACCCCUCGGCCAAGACCCGCAAGUACAACUGGUCCGAGAAGGCCAAGCGGAGAAAGACCGUCGGCACCGGCCGCAUGCGCUACAUGAAGGACGUCUCCCGCCGCUUCAAGAACGGCUUCCAGUCCGGUGUCCCCAAGGGUUCCGCCGGCCCCACCGCGCAGGAGUCGUGA